AAAUACCUAAGAUUUGAAUUUUCAGUUUACUGACUGUCCAAGAUGAUGCAUCCUUACGUAACCCUUUUACGUUGAACCAAACAUCUGUACUUGUUAUUGAAUGUACCAAAAUAACAUAUGAGACCGACCCAAAUGUGCACUGUAAGAGCGUACUAAUAUUUUAGGAACGUUUUGCUUAAUGGGUAAAGUAUUGGCUGUAAAAUCAUUUCUUCGAAACAAUUCAUUUCUAUUUCAUUUUUUAUUCCUUAAAAAUGACUUUCGAGACUUUUUUGAACGUACAGUUAUUACCCAAAAAUCAUUUUGUCAUUAUACGCAAAUCUAAUCUUCAACAGACUCAAGCAAACGCUUGGAAUAUUAAACAACAAAUGAGCGAUUUUACUAUCAGUUAUAGUUUACUUUUUAAAUCAAAAUAUGUUCCUUUAGAUUACGUCACCUUUUAGGUAACUAUUGGCGACGUGCAUCUCGUGUAGCACCCGAAGGAUACUGUUUCUAUUUCCUUCUGACAUUGUUAUUUGAUGAAUUUAAAAAUAGAAACUCUUUGUCAGAAUGCAUAUUUAGAGAUAAACAUAAUCGUAUGCGCAGUGCGGAUUUAUUUUUGUUUUGACAUAACAAAAUAUGGUAUUUAGAGCAAACUUCCAUCUGCGUACACUGCUCAAAGGCCUUAUCAGGAUUAGAGAAGCAGAGUCUCUUUUUACAACACUUAGCAAACUGUCUGAUUCUUUGGCAAACCGACAAGUUCACUGCAGUUUGAAAUUCGUCGUAAGUUUAAAAAGCAGUUACUUUGGUUGUGUAUUUUUCUUCUUUGGUUGUCGCUGUAUUUUCAUUUCCUUCCAUAUUCUGUAAAGCACUUUUAAACAUGUAUACAUGCUGAAAGACAUUGCUUUAUAAGUGGUUUGUAACAAUAACAAUAUAGCAAUUGCCUGAAUAACGAACCAUAUGUUUAUCAAUAGCAUUUUAUCUUAUACAUUACCCACUGAUUACUUCAAAGGGAGCGGAAUCGUAUUGUCAGAGGUUGCAAGUGGUUAACAGUGUUACCUACCUUCAUCAAUACUAAGACUAUUGAAAUCGAAAGAGGAAGUUAAAAGCCAUUUAAUAAGUUUUUGAAAAAUUCCGAAACAAAAUGUUUUUACCUACUAGUUAAAACAAAACAUUUUUACCUAACAUGGCUUCGAACAGCAGGAUAGAUCAGGGUUCUACAGCAAUCCCUGUUCGAGCUGGUGCCCUCAAACAACGUUUGCUGGUAGGUGCCAUUGACUUCGGAACAACAUACUCGGGGUAUGCUUUCCAAAGGCGAAAGCACUUUGAGUCUGACCCAUUGCAGAAGAUAAUAGCAAAUAACUGGUCAUCAUCCUCGGCUCAGGUCUCUCACAAAACACCAUCGUGUAUACUGUUCGAUAAAGAGAAACAGUUUCAUUCAUUCGGUCAUGAUGCGGAGCAGAAGUACAAUGAAGUGGCUGGCGACGGGGAGCAUUGGAACUGGUACUUUUUCAAGCGUUUCAAGAUGCUUCUGUAUAAGGAUGAGGCAUUGACACGCGAGACAAUUCUCCAAGAUGACAAAGGUUUGAACAUGCCUGCAAUGACUGUGUUCACAGCGUCUAUAAAGUACCUGAAAGACCAUAUGAUAAAGACUUGUGAAGCUGUUAAAAUAGAUGUACGACCAGAAGACAUCCACUGGGUAAUUACUGUACCCGCAAUCUGGACUGACUCUGCCAAACAAUUCAUGAGAGAGGCCGCAAUAAAUGCAGAGAUUCACACAGACAAGAUUUCUCUUAGUCUCGAACCUGAGGCAGCCAGUCUGUUUUGCAGAUAUCUUCCUGUUGAAAGAGUUGCCGGUGUAAAACAAACUGAAAUCAGAAGCUUCAGUAUCGGGGAGAAAUACAUGAUACUAGAUUGUGGAGGCGGAACUGUUGAUAUGACAGUACACGAAAUACAGGAAGACAGCACAUUGAGAGAACUGGCUAAAGCAAAUGGUGGAGAAUUUGGUGGCACUCUGGUGGAUAAGAAGUUCAUUGAAUUGCUUAACGACGUAUUUGGUCCCGACGUCAUGGAAGUUAUUCAACAACGCUUCAAAGAUGACUAUCUAGACUUGAUGCAAAACUUUGAAAUAAAGAAAAGAAAAGUUUCUCAAGACUUAAAAGGAGUUGAGAAAUUCCAAAUACCAGUUUCAAUUACUGAUACAUACAAAGAGCUUAACAACAUAGCUAUUGAGAACAGUACAGGUAUUUCAGACCGACUGAAAAACAAAAUUAUGUUCAAAAACAAUCAGAUGCGGGUGAAUGCUGAGGUUGUCAAGGACCUUUUCACUGAUGUUUGUGACCAGAUAUCUAGUAUUGCGAAGGAGUUUUUCCAGUCUGUUAGCAGUCACAGGAUUGAAAAGAUCCUAAUGGUUGGUGGAUUUAGUGACUCCCCGAUGCUUCAAGAAAAUGUCCGAAAAACGUUUCCAAGAAUACGUGUGAUAAUACCAGAGGAAGCAGGACUUGCGGUCUUAAAAGGGGCUGUCCUAUUUGGGCAUAAUCCAAAGAUGAUAACAGCUCGUGUAUGUAAAUAUUCAUAUGGUAUACGUGCAUUCAAGCAUUUUGAGCCAGGCAUCGAUCCACCCGACAAGCGAGUCGUCCAAGGGGACAUAGUUCUAUGUAAGGACUAUUUCAGUAAGCAUGCAACGGUCGGACAUGAGUAUAAGACCGAAGAAAAGGUAUACACUCAAGAGUACGUUCCGUCUGACGCAAGCGGAUCUAGAAUGGAGGUAUGGGUAUACACGUCCCCCAGGAGGCACCCUUUGUAUGUGGAUGAAGAGGAAAGUAGAAAAAUAGGAGAAAUCAGUGUACCUUUGCACGACGCAACUGGCAAAGAUAAUCCUGUAGUUGUUCAGUUUGAGUUUGGCAACACCGAAUUAAAGGUCAAGGUUAAAGAAACAAAAACGGGACAAGUGAAAGAAGCUGAUUUUGAUCUGCUAAGGAUAUAAUCAUAGACAUGAAUAAACAGAUUUUGCCUAGAGAAUGUAGGUAAGGUAGUUCUGCACGUCCCGGUCAAUUUUUCUUCAGUGUAGAAUUUAAAUAAAACAGCCAGAAUGAGCAUGAAUCAAGAAAAUUUGGUUUAAAAGGCAGGGUCAAGCGUUGGGUUGAUUUGAAACAUUUGGACAUAGCGCACGUUUUUAAUGGUGGGUUUAUAGGAAAAUCACAAUUAUGAUAAAUUUUGCGUAUACAGUUUUUAAUGGGAAGUUCGCUGUCUGUCGUCCGUCCGUUCAAAAUCUUCUUGAUAAAAACUAUUGGGAUAGUUUUUAAACAAUUCACGGGAAUGAUACAUGGUGACGCACAUGAAAAUUGCUUAAACAAUUCCAUUCAAUGCAGAAAUGUGGUUGCCAUGGUAAACGAAUUGAAAAUAUGUUUGAAAAUCUUCACGUGUAAACCAGAAAGGCCGAGAAAUUAGAUUAAUAUGGUGUGUGGCAUUAUCUAACGGACCUCUAGUAUAAGAGUGGCAUGCAUAAUUUGGAUACCUCUCUACCAAUAUUUUCAAAUUAUUCCGAUUUUUCAAAAAGAGAGUGAUCAGUUUUCCCUUAGACUAGAUCUAUAUGAAUACAGUGGAAACUUUAUGAAUCUUCAUGUAUGAAACCGCUGUCCCGAUUUUAAAAUGAUUUCAUAUAAAUUGUCCUUAUAUGACCCUCUACUAAUAUUGUUCAAAAUAUUAUGAAACGUCAAGAAACAUGACCGCUAUGGAGGCGUGGUCACUUUUUCCGUAUAUCUGCAAAUUGGAAACUUUGCUAUCCUCAUUGAACUAGGCGGACGGGUUGAUAUAAAUGUGUGCUGCCACUAAAAUCUAGAAGUUUUUUUUUCAACAAUCGACUGUUACUGCAUGACAUUUAAUUAUGGAAGUAAUUUUGGAAGUAGCUCUACAUACACAAUUGAUUUAUGUAUUUUGUAAUGCUAGAUAACAGAUAUUCAAAGAUAAGAUAUUUAAGUGAAAGUGUGCAUAGGAUAUCUUUAAAAGACAGUAUAUAUGGAAAUAAAAGAAAAUGGUAAAAAAUAAUGUAUAUAGAGGAUAAUUGUUGGUUUCGGUGUAAUAUCACGUUAUAAUUUCACCGAGUGGGCACCAAAAGUGAUAUUUUCACGAGUGGCGCAGCCACGAGUGAAAAUAACAACUUUUGGUGUUCACGAGUGAAAUUACCGUGAUAUUACAUCGAUACCAACAAUUUUUCUGUUUAUUUUAUGUCUAAAACUCUACUUUUGUUGUGUUUAUUUCAAUAAAAUGUCGAAAUUUGCGGGAAUUUUUAUCAGGAAGCAUCGCAAAGAUGACGUCAUUUUAACGACGUCAUCGUCAUAUUGUUUCCGGCUUUCAGUACGCUCGGUAAACUUUUUGACGUUAAUCCGGGUGUCAGAUUUGAUAAUUUUCACUGAGUGGCCAGUGAGUUUAUCAGGAUAUAAUUCACAGUUAUAUUUCGAUAAACCACCGAAAAACAUAAAAUAAAAGAGUUUAAAAAGACAAAACCACUUGACAAAUGAAUAAUUCAUCUAGCAUGACUUUGGAAAUGCAUAUCAUUCAUUUAAAUUAAAGUUAACUCCAAAAUUUCAUAAAACGUAAAUGUAUAAUUUUGAAAGGUAUAAGAUAGAUUUAGAUAUGUAUUAUUUAAGUGGGUUUUUUCGGAUUUUUUCGUUAAUGUGUAUUAUUGUCUAAAGUUCUGAUUGGUGUUAACAUAGAAGAUAAUGCAAAUUGCCCAAAUAAGGCAUAUAAUUAUGUUAGAGGUAAAAAUCUGUUGAUCAAUAAAAAUGUUACGUGUCAAACCUU